GGGUCCUAAACCCAAGCGCACUAAACCAACCCAAAAAAUUCAUAUCAUAUUAUCAUUAAAACAUACUACCACUCUUCUAUAUCAUAUGGCUCCAUACAUGAGUUUUAGUGUAGCAGUAUUUAUUAUAGUUUCAUGUGGUUUGAUGGAUAUUUGUUCGGCUGGAAAUUUCAAUCAGGAGUUUGACAUCACCUGGGGAGGUAGCCGUGCGCAGAUACUGAACAAUGGAGAAGUUCUGAAGCUUUCUCUAGACAGAGCUUCAGGUUCUGGCUUCCAAUCCAAGAAUGAGUAUCUAUUUGGCAAGAUUGAUAUGCAGCUCAAAUUGGUGCCCGGAAACUCUGCUGGCACAGUCACUGCUUAUUAUUUUUCGUCACAGGGACCGACUCAUGAUGAGAUAGACUUCGAGUUCCUAGGAAAUCUAAGCGGACAACCCUACACACUCCACACAAAUAUUUUUACACAAGGGAAGGGGAGUCGGGAGCAACAGUUUCGAUUAUGGUUUGAUCCGACUAUCAAUUUCCACACAUAUACCAUUCUAUGGAACCCCAGACAGAUUUUAUACACAGUUGAUGGAACACCAAUAAGAGUUUUCAAGAACCUUGAAUCAAGCGGUAUUGCAUUUCCGAAGAACCAGCCGAUGAGGAUCUAUUCGAGCCUGUGGGAUGCCGAAGAUUGGGCAACGAGAGGAGGGCUCAUCAAAACCGACUGGAGUCAGGCACCAUUUGUCGCCUCAUAUCAGAACUUCGUCGCUGACGCAUGUAUAUGGUCGUCCGGUACGUCUAGUUGUGCUUCGGGUGUGGCAAAUAAGGCAUGGUGGGGACAGGACCUUGAUUCAACGAGCGAAGAACGAAUAAGGUGGGUGCAAAAGAAUUACAUGAUUUAUAACUAUUGCACUGACGCGAAGCGGUUCCCACAAGGUUUUCCACCAGAAUGCUCAGUAGCUUAGAUUUUGCGUCGCAAGCGUAUUUUCAUUCCAGUGGUUUCCUAAAGGCCUAGAGGGCACAUUAGUUGUACGAAAAUAAUUCAUAUGCAUCUUUUAUGAUAAAAAUAAAUGUAUUGCAAUGUACAAAGAUCAAGAACGGAUUCGCUAAUAGUUUGACAAAUGUAAUUUCUAUAAAUGUUUUGCUUUAUUGC